GUCGCACCAAGCUGACCAAACCUGCAGCGACAGCAAGCAAGAUAGAUUGCAGGCAAAGUGAAGCUUAAAAGUCAAAAGAAACGACCGAUCUGCCGCUCGAUGCCCUAUCCCAUCCUGUCCCAUCCUACCCUGCCUCACCUCACCCUACCUCUCUUCCUAGCUCACCCUAACCUCGUCCUGCCUCGUCCUACCUUCACCCCUACCUCACCCCUACCUUACCCUCCACUACCUUAUUUUCCCACCUUCUCGAUCUGGCGUGGUGCUGGAUUUGCUGCGGUGUUCUUUUCUUUUCUUUUUUCUUUUUUCCCUCCUCUGUAUUAUUCCCGCAGCGGUAGGCAAGGUGGUGAGGCGAUGUCAGAUGUUGGUGGGAAUUUUUUUUUUUCCCAGGCAGUACCUUUCCCUCGGGUCCACGGGCACCAUGCCCAAUUUGAGGAAGUCGACCGCCAAGCGCCAAGUCGUGCCAGACAGGGGCGGAGAAGAGAGAGAGAGAGAGAGAGAGAGAGAGAGAGCCAGGUAGGUAAGUGUACUCAGAGAAGAGAACGGCCGCGUACAUCCACACACCCACCCGCUCAACACACUAAAUUCGCUAGCACCACAGGCUUUCUCAUGAAACUCGCUUCUGGUUUAGGCAGUUUAUCCGAUCGAUACGAUCGAUUUUGAUAGCGACUGGCUGGGUGGAGAGUUUUAGAAUCGACAACGGUGAUGUCCUCCCCCUCCCUUCCAACCACCCACCAUCUACGUUGCUCGUCCGUCGUGCAUACGCAAGUAGGUAUAGUAGGAGGUAGCCAGAGAAGCGCAGGGAGGGGGAACUGUUAUGAUGUCCUGUCUAGGCUAGCUACCUACCGUGUUCGAUGCAUAGCCAGUUGGUCGGUUAGUCAGUGGAUAGUCAGCUUACUAGCGUCGCCUGGCAUUCUCAUACCAACAGUGGUGAGCGAGUCGAUGAAGAUGUGUACACGU